AUGAUACUAAGGCCGUCGAAUCAAAAGGAAACAAAACUCCAAAACCCAAAAUCGCCACGACUUGUAACGCUUGAACAAGUCAAAUUACACCAUACCCCAGAUGAUUUAUGGAUGAUCAUAUAUAACAGAGUAUAUGAUAUAACAUCAUUCUCCAAGGACCAUCCCGGUGGUGUCGAAGUUUUGUAUGAUUGUGGUGGUGCUGAUGCCACUCAAGCUUUUGAAGAUGUUGGACAUUCUGAUCAGGCAUUUACGAUGUUAGGGCCUUAUUUGGUUGGUGAAGUACAUCCAGAACAACAAAAGUCGUUUCUGAAAAUACGAUCGUCUGAUCCAUACGCAUCUACUGUUGCUAAAGUUGAAGCUGUACAACAAAGGACAAGAGGUAAAGGAAGGAAACAAGGUGGAGAAUGGGUUUGGUUCAUUUUACUUGCAUUUAUGGCAUUGGCUUGUUUGGUUUUAUAUAUUUACAUUCAGAGGUUUAAAUGGGUAGCAGAAGAAUAG